GGCUUGGGGGCCAUAGCCCUGGAUCUAGAGGGGGACCCUUGCCCAUCGGCUUUCAGUAGGAUCAGGGACACAGCUUCUCUGAAGAAGGGGGGAAGCCUGCGUACCUCACGCCACAGCAGUGAGUAACCCUACUAUAUUAUAGUACAGUAUAACAAUAUACACACUAACAGCCAUUCUCAACCUGGGGGUUUUGAAAGUGUCGUGGACAAAAAAUAACAUCAACACUAUGUACAUUUGUCAACUUUAAUUGUGAACUAUACUGUAUUUUUAUGUACAACUCUAUAUUACUCAGUUACUUUCGCUUGUCUGUCUAUAACCUGUCUGUCUAUAACCUGUCUGUCUAUAACCUGUCUGUCUAUAACCUGUCUGUCUAUAACCUGUCUGUCUAUAACCUGUCUGUCUAUAACCUGUCUGUCUAUAACCUGUCUGUCUAUAACCUGUCUGUCUAUAACCUGUCUGUCUCCUGUCUGUGUGUGUUGCAGCCUGGCGUUAUGAGACACCCCAGCAGGUGCAGUUUGUGGAGAAACUGUCGGACGUGGUGAUUGGCCAGCUGCCCAACUUCUGGAAGCUCUGGAUCUCCUACGUCAACGGCAGCCUCUUCAGCGAGGUACAUAAAACAGACAAUGAUUUAACAUCAUGAAUGUAAUGAACCAACACAGCAUAUUUUCACUGUUGUCAAACGUGUGCUUUUAUCAGACUGGUGAGAAAUCUGGCCAGGUUGAAAAGUCAAAGAAGAACGCCAGGCAGAGACAGAACGACUUUAAGGUGAGUUGUGUUGGAUAUACUUUUUAGAUACACUUUUUAUAACCAUAGGAAGGUCCUCUCAUCAGUGUCUACAGUUUUACAGAGCUAAAGCAAAAUGGGCAGUGCCUUGUAAAUGGGUCCAAAGUGUUACUGGUGUAUUGUUAUUGGACUCUAGUCUGUUUCUGUGUGUCUGUAUAGAAAAUGAUAGAGGAGGUGACCCAUCGCUUGGUGAAGCUGGUGAGAGGUGCUCUGCUCCCCUCCACCCUGACAGAGCUGGAGCUGAGAUUGUACGGUGGCUGGGAGAGUAAGACCGAGCUCACUGGACCCUGGCUCACUCAGGUCAUACACACCGUCAGGUAUGGACACGUCACUGUAUUGCAGGGUUCCCCAACUGGCGGCCCGCGCGCUGAAUUUGGCCCGUGGGUGGUUUUAUUUGGCCCCUCAAAUGGUCAAAUACACCAGGAAAUCAGCUCCAAGUGAUUUUAAUUUUGGAAAUCUGUUCCCAAGUUUUCCCACGCAUAAUAGAGAGACACACACAUUUAUACAAUAUAUACAAAUGUAAGCAAGGUUUGAAUUGAUUAUGUUUUAGUCAAAUAUUAUAUCUGUUUGGGAUUCUUGCGGCCAAUUUGAAGUCUACAAAGGAUUUGUAAUUAUGUUUCAGCCCCCCGACCAUCCGCUCAAGAAAAAAUCUUCCCGUGGCUGAAUCUAAUUGAUGAUCCCUGCUGUAGUGUGUGGGUGCUUGCGUGUGCAUGUGUGUGUGUCAAUGAAGUUAUACCCCAUAUUCCCGACCCCCAAUCACUCCUCCACUUUCCCCCCUCUUCUCUCUCUCUCUCUCUCUCUCUCUCUCUCUCUCUCUCUCUCUCUCUCUCUCUCUCUCUCUCUCUCUCUCUCUCUCUCUCUCUCUCUCUCUCUCUCUCUCUCUCUCUCCUCCCUUCUAUUUCUCCCUCAUAUCUUUCCCUCCUCUCUCUCUCCUCUCUCUCUUUCUCUCCCACGUCUUCAGAAUCAUUUUUGAGGCUCUGGUAGCUCUGGAGAUCCCCAAUGAUCUACUGCAGGUGAUCCAGGAUCUAUUGCUGGAGCUGAGACACCACUGUCUAGUGGUCACCCUGCACCACACCACAGAGGGUGAGGAAAGGGAGAAGGGAGAUAUGGGAGGGAGGAGGGGAUCUACUGUAGGAGCUGAGACAUCACAUUCUACUGGUCACCCUGCACUCUCCACCCUUGAGAGAGGGGGAGGAGGAAGGAUAGAGAUGUAGCGAGGUUGGGGGAUAGGGAAGAGGAGAAAUUGGAGGGGUGAGUUAGGUGAGGUUAGAGAGGGUUAAACAGGGUUGGUUAUUCUGACAGUGGUCCUAGUUCUAUAGAAAAUCUGGGUUGAUAGUAUCAACUAAGUGUGGUUUUGAAGGUAGUUAUACACUAGUUUAGAGGGUCAUUUCACUUUCUACUGCAGUCUUCCUCCAAACAACUCUCACAGUCCUGUUUAAAAUGUAAAGUGAACUGAUCAUGACCCUACAGUUGUUAGCCAUCUACUACCUAGUACCAUUACUUAAUUUGAUCAAGAAUAAUGUAAAGAGUGCACACAUUUGUAGUCGCUACAGUCAUUCAUGUUUUUGUAUGUACUUUGUCAGAUGUCAAAAGGGUUGCAGAGAAAGAGGACUGGGUCAUAGACAAUGAAGGAAUCACCAGCCUGGUAAUGCUAUAUUUACUAUACUAUCCACUCCACUUAGUGAUAUGUCAUGAUUUAUUAUGGUAAGAUACAGUAUGAUAUAACAUAUGACGUGGUGUAAUCUAUAUAUUCGAUCUGUGUGUUGUGUUGUGAGCAGCCGGCCCAGUUUGAGCAGUGCAUGGUGCAGAUGCUGCAGUCACUCAAAGAACCCAUGGAUACCAAACCUGGGGAGGUCAAUGUAAGGAACACACAUACAUUACACUAUCACAGAAUCUCAUUCAUCUAUGUGAACUAUCUAUGUAUGUGAACUACAGGUAACUGCCAAAAUAAGGAAACACAAACAUAAAGUGUCUUAAUAGGGCGUUGAUCCACCACGAGCCACCAGAUCAGCUUCAAUGUGCCUUGGCAUAGAUUCUACAAGUCACAAGAAAAUCCGUAAUUUGGUGUUUUGUAAAUGCUCUCUCAGAAUCUCCUUUAAGUGUUCAAUUGGGUUGAGAUUUGGUGAAUGAGACACACACACACACUUUAAACCCCCCAUGCUCCUUUGAGACCCCUCUUUCAAAGUCACUGAGAUCUCUUCUUCUAGCCAUGGUAGCCAAAAUAAUGGGCAACUGGACAUUUGUAUACAUGACCCCUAAGCAUGAUGGGAUGUUAAUUGCUUAAUAGAAUUGACAAACCACACCUGUGUGGAAGCACCCGCUUUCAAUAUACUUUCUAGCCCUCAUUUACUCACGUGUUUCCUUUAUUUUGGUAGUUACCUGUAUAUGUUGUUGUAUUGGACCACAAUACAGUGUGAUAGUUGUUUUAUGCGGCUGAGUGUCCUGUCUCACCUUGCUCUCCUCUUCUGUCUUCAGAUCCUCCAGUUGGAUCAGGACCAGGCCUCAGAGCUCUGUGUGGACAUCAUGAAGGUACUGUACAGUCACUACAGACUAGGUUCACAGUAUAUUUGACCACAAUAAUACGGAGUAGAGAUUCAGAUUACAGUAUAGUUCAACAUAGGAAUCCCUUCAAUCAAGGUAUGGUACUAAUGUCACUAGAGAAUAGGUUUACAGUAUAUUUCACUCCGUCUACACUAUAGUGAAGGGACUCCUGCAGGUCACAGGUUGUUUAUAGGCUACAAUGCACAAGUCCAGUAGACAUUUAGGGACAGUUUCCAGGACACAGAUUAAAACUAGUCCUGGACUUUCAAUGGAGAAUCUCCACUGAGAAGGCUUUUUAGUCCUGCAUUAGUCUAUCUAUGUCCAUGAAACUGGCCCUUAGAUUAUUAUAGACUUUUACCUUUGUAGCAGGAAGGGGCCAGGAAGCUCCGUGAGAGGAUGAUGAAGGUACGGUACGAAGUAGAGUUAAGGAUGACAUCAUAUUUCGUCAUAGGAAUACCUACAGAUAAUAGUAGUUUAGUUCAGUUGAAAUUCGAGCAGGUUCGAGAGCAGGUGGAAAAGCUCUGUAAGGACAUCAAUAAGGUAUGGUACAGGGUCGAUUAAUGACUAGGAUUACACUCAUAUUACACCAAAGGAAUCACUACAGAUUAUAGGUAGUUUACUGUAGGUUUACAGUGCAGUCCAUUCACCCCAUUCAGUAGACAUUUCGAAUAUAGCACACUGUUACUGUUGUCUAGGUGUGUCUGAGUAACUGACCUGUAUCUGUGACCGACCUGUAACACCUAUUCCAGGUGUUCAUCAACUGCCUGGAGCAGCUGAGCACUAAAACAGACAGAGACAUCGACACCUCACAGUGAGUACAGGCAGGGACUUUAUUUCCAGUGCCGCCCUUUUGUGUGUCUGCCUUAGUGUAUUUUAAACUCUUCUCUGUGUGUGUAUUCUCAGUAUGUCAGUGGACCUGGCCUCUACAAAGCUGUUCAGUGGCAUUCAGGAGGAUUUCUGUCCAACACUGGUAUGAAAAUCUGAAUUUUCUCAUUCUGAGACUAUAGGCCUCAAUCGAACUCGAUCUCACGAGACAGGAUUACCAAUGUCGAUAAGCGUUCUCAAUGAGGGUUCUUUCUCACUCUAUCUCUCUUACAAUCUCACGCCCCUACACACACACACACACACACACACACACACACACACACACACACACACUUACUUGUAUCUCCUUCACUGGCAAACCAAACCACUCUGUGUUAUGAUGCUGUUUCCUGGUUGUGGACAGGAAGCAGGCACAACCUCAUUUCCUUUAUACUAUAUGUCGAGAUGAGAGUGAAUGGCCAUGGGUGUCAUGUAAGUGUGUGGGGGGGGGGAAGAGGAGUGUGUGUGUAGGGUGUUUCUGGUAAAGGGAAAUAGAGCAGGGUGUAGACUGGGUUUCUCUAGCAGGGGUGAGACUGACAGCCAGGCAAUAUUCAGAGCAGAUGCCCAGAGUUUAUUUAUGAGCACCAAUGCUUGAUAAAUAGUGCAUAAAUGAUUGUAACGGAUUCAUUGCAUGAAGAAAUAUACAUGGAAAUAUACUGAACAAAAAUAUAAAUCCAACAUGCAACAAUUUCAAUGAUUUUACUGAGUUACAGUUCAUAUAAGGAAAUCAGUCAAUUGAAAUGAAUUUAUUAGGCCCUAAUCUAUGGAUUUCACAUGACUGGGCAGGGGCCCACCCAUUGUGGAGCCAGGCCCAGCCAAUCAGAAUUUGUUUUUCCCCCAAAAAGGGCUUUAUUACAGACCAAAAUACUCCUCAGUUUCAUCAGCUGUCAGGAGGCAAAGGUCGAGUCAUGCGUCCUCCGAAACAUGACCCGACAAACCGUGCUUCUUAUCACCCGCCCACUUAACCCGGAAGCCAGCCGCACCAAUGUAUCGGAGGAAACACCGUUCAACUGACGUCCGAGGUCAGCCUGCAGUCGCCCGGCCUGCCACAAGGAGUCGCUAGAACACGAUAAGCCAAGUAAAGCCCCCCCCAGCCAAACACUCCCCUAACCCGGACGACGCUGGGCCAAUUGUGCGCCGCCCUAUGGGACUCCCGAUCACGGCCGGUUGUGAUACAGCCCGGGAUCAAACCCGGGUCUGUAGUGACGCCUUGGCCCUAUACCGCUGCGCCACUCGGGAGGCCCCUUUCCCUUUUUUAAAAUGUGUUUGGAGGAAUUCUGGGAGGAGGGAGGUCAAGGGGGGACAAAAAGGGGAAAAAUGUACAAUGUCUUUACAGUUUGUCGUUGAACUGUUAUAUAUAUUUUUUAAAGGAUGUGUUUUGCAUUAUUCUGAAGGCCUACUGCAACAUGUAGCAUGUUGUCGUUUCCCUUACAAUAAAUCUGAUUAAUAAUAGAGACAGUAAAUAAAAUAGUCCUGUAACAGCUUCUUUUUACAAAGUAAAACAUAAAAGAGAAGGGUAUCAACCCUCAAGGCGCGCGGUUAAAUUAUUAACAUGAGCACCAACGCUGAUAAAUACGCAUAACACAAACUCAUCAUUACACUAUUGUUGUUCUAAAUUAAAUCAACCUCUUCACCCUCCUUAUCAUUCAGUUAGGCCUCAUUUAAAUUCAAUUGUGAAGUAAGGUGCACGAUUAUCGCCCAUUCAUCCAUUUGUCAUUCAUUCAGUGAGGAGAGAGAGACGCAUUAGCACCUGGCUGGGUUAAGUUGGGAAUAGGUGUGGAAAAAACUGGUAAAACGGCUCUAAAUACUUUUCUGUUUGUGAUUUCAAAAUUCUGACAAAUGAGCAGUGUAAAAUACAAACAUUUAGGAAAAUUCAGGGAAGGAGCAGGACAUAGCUUUUUUUUUGGAGAGGGGGCAGUUUUUUCUAGUGUUAAGAGUGAACACUACCUGUUACACUAAUCAUGUCAGUGAGGUAGCUGUUAUCAUUUACCUUGUAUCAGUGAGGGAAACCCAGAGUGUGUAGUAUGCAGUAAAACAGGAUUUCAAUCAAUUCUAGUCAAACAGGGAUGGAGUCAGUGAUGAGAUUAUUGGCAGAUAGAUGUUCAGAGACCACUCAAUAUGACAAAUCCAAUGUUCUGACCGUAUUAUUCUGUGUGUGUAUUUGUGUGUGUGUGUGUAGGAGCAGCGUCUGCUGAUCAUCCUCAGUAACUGUCAGUACCUGGAGAAACACACUUUCCUUAAUCUGGCUGAGCACUUUGAGAAGCACGGCUUCACCGGGACUGAGAAGAUCACACGGGUGAGUAGAGAGGACACACAUUCACACACACAAACUCAGACGCACAAGCCUUGGGAAGCUGCAACUUUAGCCUUCCGUGUGUCGGAAACAACGAACAGUUAACUGGCCCCUUAGAUAUUUUGCUGUUUAGUUUUUGCUGUUCUGUGAAGAAGAAUGUUUGUCACCAAAGACUUGAUGAGAAAGACGUUUAUGUUUCAGGGCAGAGCAAUGACUCUCACUUUCUCUUUAAACACUUAUAUGUCAGAUCUGAGUCAGUCUCUUUCUCUCUCUCUCUCUCUCACUCACAUAUUGGUUGGCCCUUCCCGUAAAGACAGCUGAACAGCCUGUAGCAGUUGGUUCAAAACCACUCAGGGUGGUUAAUUGGGUUUUUGAGCCCUUGUUUUUGCCUAAGAAACUAUAUUGUGACAGGAAGACCAUCAAUCAAGUUACCGUAGAAGCACUUUGUGACAACUGCUGAUGUUAGAAGGGAUUCCUAAAUAGAUUUCUUUGAAAUUUGAUUGAAUGUCUCUCUCGGCUCCCAGGUGAGUGUCUGUGUGGCUGUGUAGGUGUGUUAAUUAGGUUUGUCUCUACGUCUGUUUCCAGGUGACUGUGCGUGCGGUGAAGGAGCUAGAUGAGAGUUUGUUUGAUGCCUACAUCGAGAGGAAGUCUGAUCCCAUCGUAGGAUCCCUGGAACCAGGCAUCUAUGCUGGACACUUCGACUGGAAGGACUGCAGUACACCCACA